ACGAUGUGCGUAGAGGUCCCAUUGGUUGCCAUGGUGAGGGAUGCUGACUCUGAAGAAAUGUAUAAUACAAAGCUUGGAGGGGGGUAGGGGUGGCAAUGGGCUUUCUCAGUCAGCAGCAAAAGAGACAUCAGGGAGGUCUCUAACUGUGAAGGAAGAGAAGGAAAAGCAUCAUUAAUUCUGCUUUCUAUCUGCUCUAUCACGGAGAGCUGGGCUCUGGCUGAAUAGUUCUCCUGGGAAGAGAACUUGUAAGAGACGUGAUGAACAUCGAAGUUAAAAAUGUUUCUUAUACCCAAGCAACUAUCUCUUGGUCCACGCUGGAGCCCUGUCUGGAGAACGAUUACCAUGUCAUGUAUAGGCCCAAUUGGAACAGUAUCUUCUCAGGCUACCUGCGCCACCCCUUUCACCAUGAAGAACGAGUGCCCCGAACCCUCAGCUCCCUGGUCCUUCGCCAACUUGCUCCGUCCACUCUCUACUUUCUGUGCAUCACCUGCAGGAAUUCCUACCCCUCCAGCAACCACUGUACCAUGUUCCACACCCUGGAUAAAAGCUCCAAGCCUACUAAUGGCUCCCAGCUGGAUCCUGGAGUAUCCCUCUGGGUGGUCACAGCUCUUCUACUUGCCUGCUUCAUUGCCAUAUUAGCCUUCUUCUGUCUCCAGUUCUGGUGUCUGAGGUGCCAUGAGCCACGGUGGGCAUACCACUCAGGCCAGCAGGAGGAAGUAGAUGAGUUGGUGAGGUGGGCUGAGGGUGCUCCGGGCCUUGGGCGGAGGGAGGAAGACCUGCAGGAGUUCCCCAUGACAGCACUACUGACCAAGAGUUCUAGUCCUGUGCCUGAGAGUUCCCCCAGCUCUCCCCUUGCCCACUUCUUCCACAAGGGGACUCAUGAUCAAGCUGUUCUAUUUCCUCAUUGUUGACUAUGAAUCAUGGAUGAGCAGUUAAGAAGAGAUGUGCCAGCAAAACAUAGGCAACUUCAUGACAUGUGCUUAAUAUUGGUUGGUUUGAUUUUUUCCUCCUUUGUAAAAAAAUGUUUUCUCUUCUCUCCUGUGCCAGGGGAAGGCACGGCUUAAAGUUUGGGUAAAUGCCCAGGGAUAUAAAUAUGUUGGAAGUGCCACCCAACCCAUUAUCAGUGCUACAUGAAGCCACUGUGGUCUCUAGCUAUAUUCAGCUCAUGUCAAGUGCCAAACAGACAAAUCUCACCCAACAUUCUUGAAGGGUAGAGGACAGAGUGGAGUGUAGAGCUGUAGAACCUUUGAGGCAGAAGGUAAUUUAUAGAUUAGCUAAUCCACCCCCCCUUCUCAUUUUACAUUGGAAGAAAUGAAACUUUAGGGAGAUUGCAUGAAUUUAGGCAGUGUGUAUAGUGGAAAGAGGACUGGUUUUAGGUUGAAAAGCUCUGAAUCUGAGUUCCAGCUGAACACUUACUAUAUGGCUAUAGACAAGUCAAUCAAUCCCAGUGAUCUUCAUCUCUUCAUUUGUAAAAUGAGGAUAGUAACAUUUGUACUACAGAGGAAAUAUUGCAUCCCAGACAGAGAGCCAGCCUGGGAGUCAGGAAGACCUGAGUUCAAGUCCCACCCUGGACUCACACUGGUUAUGUGACCCUGGACAAAUCAUUGAAACUCUUAAUGUUCCAGAUUUUUUUUUUGAAACUAAAAGUUGCAGAACAGUUGUUGAUAUAUAUUGAUGGAAAUUCUUCAUGAGGAGCACCCUAUACCAACAAAAUCAUAGAUUCAGUCAAGAAAAAACAAAGAGAAAUCUGUGUACUCUCUACUUCACAAGGAUGCUGAGAAGAAAGCACUUAAUAAGUUUUUAAGAAUGAGACAAACAUUGGGAGUCAUUGUCAUUCAAGAUCACACAAUCUCUUUCUACUGUGGGUUAUUUUCAUGGACCCUGAGUCACAAGCCAGAUGCUUGAGAAGGAUCUUGAUGUUAAUAGUAGCAGGUUUUUCUUCAACUGGAAGGAAAAUUAUUUUUGAAUUUGGCUGGGAUUUGUUAUAAUUAUAAUCUCCUUAAUAAUUGAAAUAUUCAGCACUUUUGUUUCUUCUGUUACAAAGCCCCCUGGCAAGAAAUUGCCUCCCCUGCUGAGCUCUGAGUAUGGUUGAAGAGGCUGGUCCAAAAAGAGCAAGAUGGCCUUAGGCUAGACAGCAACCAGGAUCUUGCAUGUGAAUAUAAAUAGCAGCAAGGGAAAAAGGAGAUUCAUCUUUAAGCUCAGGCUACUGCAGUGUGACGGGCUUGCUAGUCCUUAAGGCUGAAGCCAGGGAGCAAAAAAGAUAUUUUUCAAAUCCCCUAUUUCUGCUCCCCCCGCCAACCAUCCGUGCCUUCCCUCCACUGCCAUGCCAUCACCAAGCAGAAAUAUAUGAAAAUAUCACAGGAUCAUAUGAGGACUGUGUGAUUAGCAUACCAAGAAGGAAGCAAGGUAGGGGAAUCAAGCUUAGAGAAAGUCACUGUACACCCUCUUCCCAUCCGCAAGCCCUCCCUGAUAGUCAGUAUGUGAUCAGUAUAUAACAAAAUACCAUGGCUUUACAUUGCCAUGCACAAUCCAGAUUUUCAGCCCGAAUAAGCUGAUUUUACAAAAGGCUACAGUAUCCUUGUUUCUUUCUGAAGUCCUCUCCCUAAGCCUUCUGCCUCGUUUAGCUCCCAGCUUGGAAGACACUUCCCUUCAUGUGAUCUGCUGAUGUGAGUUCUCCUACUGACAAUUUUACAAGGAAUGUGUUGCUGUGAUC